UUCUAACCACUUAUCUUCUGCAUCUCUUCCCCCUGCCAUUGUGGCCUAACCUCCCAUUGUUCUCCUCUCCAAUGGGUGGCCAAAACUCAAAGCUCACCCCAGAAGGUGAAGCUGUGCCUCCUCGAAUUCGUUCACUCUUGCAGAGAAAAUUUGAGGAGAUCAGAGGCCGGACAAAGGCAAAAAAACUAAAAGCCUCCCACACUUACUCCAAGAAACAGCUACUUAAGGAUGGUGAACAAGAAGAGGUAGAUAUCUCUCUGCCUCAUUCGCUGCAGUCUUCACCAGAGUUUGAAAAUUUACCAUCUCCUGAAACACCACCAACAUUGGAGUUGGUACCAAGAUUGCCAGAGCUUGACAGAGGAACAAAACAGUCUGAUGAGGACCAGAUCAGGAGAGAUGGAGCGGAGUUUAGUGUGGAAGAUGAUAAAGAGGCCAAGGGGGUGACAGUGUAUAUAGGGGGGGUUUUUGCAAUGGAGGAAACCACAGAGGGAGAGGAAGAGGAAGAGGAUGAAGUUAAUGAUGCGGGCAUGCAACCGAACAGCAAAAUCUAUCUGUGUCAGGCGUCACCAAGUUUCAGAGUUUAUUGCAUGGAACCUCUGGAAAUAGAAAAUGAUGACAGUAAGAACGACAUCACAGAUGAGGAUUUCAAGCAUAAGAAAUCACCAAGUGCUGAGUCUGCCGACAGCAGUGUUGAUAGCGUAAGGUCGAUGAUUGAAACCAACGAUGUCCAGGACACAAAGACAAAACAGAAAGGAAGGAGAAGAAGAAGAAUAAAAAAUGCACUCAGACCAAACACUGUAAAGAAUCUAUUGAACGUUAAAGGAUGCUACUACGCAGGUUGCACUGGUGGCCACGACAGAACCACCUAUGUAGCUGCUAAGAAAUCUGCAGCCACAUGAUUGCAUCAGGAACUGGGAGGCUUGAUAUACAUUGUUGAUCCAUUCCCUGAAAGCUUGGUUCCAAGAAGCCAAGAGGCCUCGGGUUCGAAAUUGCCAACCCCAUAUUCCACUUAUCUCUUACCAUUGCAGGGAGGGACGGCACCUAUAUUGUUGUGCAGGAUGGAGCUGCACAAGGGCAGAAGCGUUAGCUAAGAGGAAUGAGCAGGAAGAGAGAGUAUUUUUCAUCUUUUUCCUUCCAUCUUAUUUAUUGUA